UCCUACUGUAAAAAAAGAAAAGAAAAAAGAAGCAGGCACUGCGCUGCGUAAGAGCUCAGCUUGUAGUUGUGCCGACUUCUUAAGAAAUGUCGCAAGUUUGAGUCAAGUUGAGUGCAGGGCUCGAUGGGACGGUGACGCUUUUAAAGUGGAAAACUCGACGGGACGCGCGCAGAAGAAGCUUUGACGCAGCAACAGUCACCUGGAGGUGGAGACAACUUAGCACCCCCCUCCCCCCGUCCUUGACUGAAAUCACCAACUUAUUUUGCACAAGGGAGACGUGUGAAGGACUUCCACAGCACUUGAAAUGGAGGCCCCCGAUGGCUACUGUGCUAGGUCGAGACUGACAGUACCCUGAGUUCAAUAACUUCAACAUGCAGUGACUGCAGACAGAUGACAGAUGUCAUUUUAGUUCAUCACAGUAAGGUAACGGCCAAUGCUCUCCCGGUAAGGAGAACUCGAGAAUGUUGGCGGAUACGUCAACACCUAAUGGACAGACAGUUCCUCAGGGUCCUAAUUCCCCCAGUGAACUGACAAUUAAGCAAGAGGAAGAAACAGCGGAGGAGGCUGACAACAGAAGCCCAGCACUUGAAGAAAUAGGCCAAACAGGGGAGGAAGGAGCAGCAUUGGAGGAAUCAAUGACUGGCAGCCCAACCAGUGCACAGGAUGGUUUAUCUGAGCCAAAUGUGACAGCUGACGCAGGAAGUCGACAACCAAACGGUGACAGGCCGUUCCAGUGCAACCAGUGUGGCGUCUCGUUCACCCAGAAGGGAAACCUGCUGCGACACAUCAAGCUGCACACAGGCGAAAAACCCUUCAAAUGCCCCUUCUGCAGCUACGCCUGCCGGCGGCGCGAUGCCCUCAGCGGGCAUUUGCGCACUCAUGCUGUUGGCAAACCACACAAGUGUAACUACUGUGGGCGGAGCUACAAACAGCGCACUUCUCUGGAGGAACACAAAGAGCGCUGCCAUAGUUACCUGCAGGGCAUCGGCUUGGAUCCGAACACCAACACUGGCCCUUACACAGGUGAGGUCCCUAAAGAGCCGAGGCCCAUGGCAGAACCCAACACCAUGGCUUCCUUUGAUCGGCCGCCCGUUAUUGAAAGGUUACAGAGCAACGUGGGCAAGAGGAAGAGCACCACGCCUCAGAAAUUUGUGGGUGAAAAGAUGGUACGCUACAAUUACCCUGAAGUAGGCUAUGAGAUGGGCCUUAAGUAUGAGAAGCAGGCUGAACUGAUGUCAGCCCACAUGAUGGACCAGGCCAUCAGCAAUGCCAUCACAUACCUGGGAUCAGACACUCUUCGGCCCAUGCUCCACCAUCCAGGUCCCCCUCUCUCUAUGGGCGAAGUGAUGCCCAUGGUCAGCCCCCUCUUCCACCAUGUCUUGCCAUUGGGCCAACGAACAGAGCGUCCAGGAAACUGUGAGGCACUGCCGCCACAGCCACCUCAGCCCCAUGACUUCCCCAGCCAUCCCACCACAAACGGCCCUAGCGCUUUAUCCAGGCAGGGCAAGCUGCGCCAGCCAGGGCAAGAGGAAUCUCCCAACAACAGUGGAAUUGACUCUGCUGACUCAGCUCGCAGCAGCCCUCACGAGAGGCAGGGCUACCACGGGAGCAACCCCACUCCCAGCCUCAGGUCUCGAGCCAGUCCAGCGGUGGUCUAUUCAGGUGAACGGGUGACAGAAGCAUCGCAUCGUGGGGCAGGAAUGGGGUCUGGGAUGAUGCGAGUGGCCACAGAGAGGCCUGUGAGCCAGGAAGGGGUGCGGGUGUUUGGACAAGAGGGCCAGGAGUUGCGGGCCUUCCAGUGCGAGCACUGCCGGGUGCUCUUCCUGGACCAUGUCAUGUACACCAUCCACAUGGGUUGCCACGGAUACAGAGAUCCGCUGGAGUGCAACAUCUGUGGUCACCGCAGCAAAGACCGCUAUGAGUUCUCCUCUCACAUAGUCCGUGGUGAACACACCUUCCAGUAAGAGGAUGGGUUAGGAAUUACAGGAAGGACAAAGAAGGGAAAGGAGCAAUAGCCUAAUAUCCGUCCUUAUCCCCAGGCCUCUGAGACUGCACAGUUGAAUGACACUGUAGACAAGUGUAGCACAAUCAUAGCAUAGACUUCUUUUUAAGCUACUUAUUGUGAAUCUGAACAAUUGAACAAUUAUAUGAAGGUAUGGGCCAAAGACACAUUUUCUACAUAUUUAAUUGAGAUUACUAUAGAAGAAGGAAGGUAAGUUUUUUUUUCUCUCAAGAUGUUCAUGAAUUGUAUAACAGAGCAGCUGUCACAUGACUUUGACUAGUUUUUCAUUUUAGUCUUCUUUGUAUAUGUCUUCUGUUGUGCUUGUCCUGUAACCAUGCUUUUGUUAAAGAAAAAAUGUUUUCACUCUCGCGAAGUAAUGAAUGCAUACAGAUAGAAUGUCAUAAUGAACACUGGUGAUGGAGGUAAAGACUUCAGGUAGUCUCUAAUUCAAUUAAACAUAAUAAUAAUAAUAAUAAUAAUAAUAAUAAUGAUAAUAAUAAUGAUAUUGACUUGUCCACUUCCUGUUGCAUAUCAUACAGGAUCCAUGCAGUUUUCUUUUUUCUAUCUUUUUUUAUGACUUUGCCAUGGCCUGUAAUGCUCAUUGUCUUUCCUAUGAACAACGUUGGAAUACACGUAAUGGUACGGCUAACUGGUGCUGUGUGUUCUAGCUGCAAGCAACUUAGUGUCCACUUGGUCUUGAUUGCCAGUAGUGUGGUUGUCUCUGAUUGUAUCUAUCUGCAGCUGUAGAAAUUUGGCCAGUUGUGCCAUCAUCUAAGAUACCCAGAUUCCAGUAAUUGAAAUUUCUAAUUGAAAUUAGAUAAUACUUAAGAAUUCACAGCUGGCCCCAAACAACGAAUACCGUAAAUAUAAGUAGUAGAAUUUGGAGGCUUUGGAUGCAAUAUAUGAGGGAAAGUGUUAAUACAAGUGGCCCAUUAAUGUGUCAAUAAACACAAAUAAAAAGUACAUGUACAGUAUAUCACAAUUUAUACAUAAAUUGUGGUUAUCAAAAAUGCAUUUUCCUAUUCACAAACAAAAUUCUAUCAUAUGCAAACAACUGUUACAAAGCCUACAUAUACAUUUAGCUAAUGCUAACACUCUUACAAGGCCACAUAGCUAGCUGAUAGCAGAAAACUACCUCUUAUCAACCACUUUGUGAGAUUCAGCUGAUGUGAUAGCCUUCAUAAAUAAACCUCGACUGACAUUAUAUUGCAGGAUAGAGCUAGUUUUCAUUGUCUUUGCUUAACUUGAGUAAUGAGACUGCUAUGCUAGCAGCCAAUGUUAGCAUUGCUAGCUUGCUAACUGAGGAUAUAUUUCCUGUUACAAACAGCUGCAUAGCAUUUACUUACACCAAACAUGUUUUUCUGAUUAUCAGUGGCUGGAGCACUUGCGUACCACCACUAAAACAGAAAAAAAGAAGACCAACUUCCUGUAGCUGGCUUGUAUCAGAGAUUGUAACUUCAAAACAAGUCCUACCAAAAAAAAAAUCAGCUCUGACUUUUUUUUUUUUUAAAGACAUUAGUUUAUACUUUAUCAUUUAAAAGACUCAUAUUCUGAAUUUUAGGACAUCCACAUGGAGAUUUGAAGGAUUUUUUUUUUUUUUAAGAUUUAAGUUUUAUUUUAGAAUGUAUUAGUCUAAUGAAGUGAUGAAAUAUAUUCUGAAAAAAUGCCGUACACAUUUGAAAUUUUUUUUGUUUCUAUUAUAUGAAACUGUAUUUGUUGCUAGAAUCAGGAAUUAUUUUUCUCCAUAGCUGUUAUGUUUGCACUUACAAGGUAGAACACAAUGAAAGGAAAACAAGAGAGUACACAACAUAUAGCCUAAUGAUAAUUGUCAGCUCCAUGACUCUAAAAGGUUUGGCCAUGGCCAUGUUUUUCCUCAUCUUCUUAUUUUCUCAGCUGCCAAGCUAAUGCAUUCUGCACACAAAACAACUGGCCAUUUCUUUGUUUCCCUGGUUGCUCCUAUAGAAAAUUAUUCUUAUCCUGGUGACACACGGGUUCUGUUGCUUGCAGUUUGUGCACACUAAACUAGCACCCUAAUUUGCUUGAACCUGGCAGACUUAGACAUGACACCGUGAAAUGGCAGAGGGUGGUCUUGAUGACAUAAAAUGAUGCUUUAUGGCUAUGGAUACCUAAAGGGAUAAAGGAGGCUAAAGAUACUGCAUGGGUUGCUCUCCUCUGAUGUACCUCAGUUUUUCUUUCAUUCUAUUUGUAUGUCAUGACAAAUACAGGGAAACAACACAAACUGCACAAACAGCUGUUUUUCAGGUGCUUUGUCCUUUGCACCUUAUAAUUUUGCCUAGUGCAGCUUUAUUUGCGGGUUAAUGCCUAAAAGUGACUGCAUCAUGGGAAUUAAGGGAAUCGAGUGAAUUCUUGAUGUGUGUGGUGGGCAUUUGUCAUGUUGUUGCCAUAAUGUCACAACAUAUGGGUAUGACCUCAUGCAUGAAUGAGACGGUGUGAGCAUGGUUAGCACAUAGUUUUACUCUGAAGGCACUUCCCAAAAACUGUAGCAUUCCACUGUAAACCUGUUUGGACAUUUAAAAGCUCAUGUAUGCAAAAUGUAAAUAGCAAGUAAGAGAUCAGCCACUUUCCACCUCCAAAUCUUCUGUCCAUCAUCUACAAUGUGUUGAAAGGUAACAGAUUUCGAUUACUGAGGCUAGCUGCUGCUCUUUCAUAGUUACUGUCCCUCCCUGUGAAAGGACACAGAUGAGACUGUGCUUUGUACAGUUGGCCCUGCACUUUAUGUCCAUACCCUGAAUCUAGACGGCAUUGUUUUUCGUUGGUGUUUUUUGUAGGUAAAGUGGAAAACAGUCAUCGGCAGAACACGGGUUCUCUGAAAGAACAAUCUCGGAAACGCACAUUUUUUGUUUUCACUGGAACAGUACUCACAAGAAGUUUGGCAUUAGCAGUUUCACUUCAGUCAGCAUCAUAAACAGUUGAUUAUUCUCAAAGGUUAAACUCAGUGAUUUAUCCUUCUAUGUUCAAUGUCUACUUGUGAUCAAAAGGCAGCUUCUUCUCUGUUUACAUGUCGCUUCUCUUAUGCGCAACUGGUGCCCAGCUAGCAUAAAAAACCUACUGUCUGUAAAGUACUGGCACUGGAAAUUGUUUACACCUCGUAGUUGUGAUAUUGACUCUAUACAUUCCUCUAUUAUAUCAUUCCUGUAUAUAUUUAUUAUCUGAAGCCUUAUCUGUUAGAAAAGG